AUGAAGGGCACGUGGUAUCAAACCGCGGGGUGGACCCGAAGUCAAUGCAUGGGGAAGGGCUCGCAGCGAUCUAUUAUUGACUUGCUCGGCUACUUAUCGACUGAGGAAAGGAGGCGUAGCCGUCUAGGUCACGUGAUUUCGUCGCCAUAUUGUUGUGUUCAAGGAACGGGGAACUUUUGCUGCGUAGGUCAAAACUUCGAAAUGGUGUUCUUCGAAACUUGUGGGCCAAAUGAGGCCAUGGUUGUUUCAGGUAUUUUAGUAGCAUUACAAUUAUUAUUUUUUGUGCCUUUUUAACAAAAUCCACGUUGUCAAAAGCGUAACAUUUAAUCGAGUAUCAUGCAGGUGUUUCCUUACGUUCGAGCAACAAUGAUCGCGAAAAUUAAUCACGUUUCUGUAACUUUGAGAUGAUAUUUCUCCGUUCCUUCUUCAGGGGUUUGUCACCGUAAAUCAGCAUUAGUCUCUGGUGGCCGAAUAUUCGUAUGGCCCUUUAUUCAAAAGCUACAAAAGUAAGAAUCACCAUUUCAUUUUUUAUAUAGUUCAAUUCCUUUCAGAUGUCAUUUCCAGCUAUGCGUAGUUCGGCAUUCUUGUCAUGACUAUGACAUUUUUGAUGAAAUUGAGAAGAAUGUAGGAUAAAUUCAGUUCACUCCAAUGUUUUCCAGAGUUGAAAUCUGUAACCUUUUGUUUAAGACUUUCUCUCUUUUUUGGAAAAAGCCACUUACAAUCUACUGUAACUUUGUUUACAUCAAGCAAAACUCAUAGAUGUCAAUAUCAGUGCUGGCUCACCGGGCACUUUUUUAUGUUUUGCACACUUACGUCAUGAUUCUCGUUCAAAUCAACAGUUGGAAAAUAAAGUGUAUCUUUUAACUAAGCUGAAACUUGUGCUGAGUUGCUUUGUAUCAAAAAAAUGCUGAAUAAAAACACACUAAAUCAAAGAAGUGGAGUAGUUUUCAUUUGGAUAAGUACAUGGAUAAAGGACAAAUUUGAGGUGGCUUUUUGCUGACUUGCUGUGAAAAAAUGAUGUUUGAAAAUAGAGGAGGAGUGAAUAAACAAUUACAAGGUUGUGUUUCUUAUAUUUAUUUUCUAUGUAUAGGAUCUCUCUCAACACAAUGACGUUGAAUGUGGAAUCACCGCGUGUUUACACAAGGCAUGGAGUGCCAAUCUCAGUCACAGGAAUAGCUCAAGUAAGAUUAACACCAUGUCAGGCAGGAAACUUUCAUCAGUCUGUCCUGCUAAACUCUGUGGAUCAGCAAACACAUGUACAUGUAAAAUAAACAUCACCCAUUGCUACCCUAUGUAAGAAGUUCAAUAUUUUCACAGGAAAUAUACAUAAUUGAUCAUUACAUCUGUUUCUGGGCUUAUUUAUUCUUUUAUUGGGUUUGGUUGUUUUAGGUGAAGAUUCAAGGCCAAAAUCAGGAAAUGCUGUAUGCAGCCUGUCAGCAGUUUUUGGGAAAAACUCAAGAACAAGUGCGUGCUGUUGCCUUGGAAACACUGGUAAGAUUACAUAAUGCUGUCUGCCUUCUUUUUAAACAUGAAUACAACAGUUUACACUGCACUGGUGAGAGCCAUUUCAAGAUGAUAUCCCUUCUGUGGUUGACUCCAACAGUAAUCCAAGUUUAGAGCUUUUUUAGGGUUCGCUAUUUGAUAUGUGAGUGGAUACACAUGGAAAUCAUUCUUUGAUACCACUUCCAUUUUAUAGAAGUAAACUAAGUGGCUUCAUUUCUGUGAUCCACCUUAAAACUUUUUAAAGCACUUGUUUGAAACAAGGCAUAGACCGUUGUUAUGUAAAACUCAUGAUCUAUUCAAUCAUUGGUUUAUAGGAAGGUCAUCAAAGAGCCAUCAUGGGUACAAUGACAGUGGAGGUAAAGAAAUGUGACCUUGAUUGUUCUUUGAAAGCUGUUUAUAUAGGAAACAUUACAAAAAAAACAUAGUUUGAUUAAAAUACAGGGUUACAUCUGUGGUCAAAUUAUCUGAAAAAAUGCACUGAAGUGCAAGGAUUGACAGAAGGGAUACCUUUUGUUCACUUUCUGGAAUGAGAUACAAAAAAUUUAACACUUAAUUCAGUGUGAUGCAUGAGUGGUGAACUAAACAUUGAUAGGAUUGACUUGACUUGCGCUUUGUUGUAAACAGGAAAUCUACAAAGAUCGAAAGAAGUUCUCUAAGAGUGUGUUUGAGGUAAACAAAGAGUAGCUUAUUCUUGUCUUUUUUAAAAACGUCAUUUUGCAAGGCUGUAAAAUUUGAAAUAUUGUCAUCAACAUAAACAUAUUUCAACACUUUUAAAAAACAAUCAUAUUACAUUUUAGUCUUUGCAACCUUAUAGUGUGAUAUAGCUAGAUACAAUUGAUACUAUAUCAUUAUCUGAAACUUAUGUUUCCAUUGAACUUGUUGUGAUUUGUAAAUGUUUCCUUGGCUAGAAAUGAACAGAUGCCAAAUUAGAGAACGGUCUUAAAAGCUCAUGUGGAAUGCCAUAUUAUCCAUGCACUGGAGUUUCGUUCUUGAAUACAAUAUUGUAUCAAUUUUUUUUCAGGCAUUUGCCAUGAUGUGUUAGCAUAGAAGACUUUCAUGUAGUAAAUUUAUUUUUUAUUGUCCAAUCUUUAGGUAGCAUCAUCUGAUUUGGUCAACAUGGGAGUCAGUGUUGUAAGCUACACCAUAAAGGACAUUCGAGAUGAUGAGGUAUGAUCUGCAUGUUGGUAAUGAUUGACAAAUCUUACAUCACAUUUCUUGUAAACAGUAGAUAUUAGAAGGUGCUGAACAACUUACACAAUUAAUUUUGAGCUAAAAGUCCACCUAAAUAGUAUCUUCUCGCUGUCUUAUGUAAAAUCUUUCAAGGAUUAUAACUCUAGUAUGAAGGUAUUAAACAACUCCCAACAAUGGAUUUUAUGUUGCCUCACACAGUUGCAUGCCUUUAUGUAUCUUUAAAAUCUAUGUGGCACCAUGUUUGUAUGAACUUUUGCAUUGUGUUUAAAGGAGUUUGUUAGUUAAUGAAACAUUUAUUAAAUGAUUUUUAUUUGUGACAGGGAUAUCUGCUAGCCCUUGGUAUGGCCAGGACUGCACAAGUCAAGAGAGACGCAAGAAUCGGUGAGGCUGAAGCAAAGAGGGACUCUGGAAUUAAGGUUAAAACUUUUGUUCAUAAAAUUGUUUUCAAGGAAGGUGCCUCAGUGUCAAAGAGACCUUUAGUGAGAGAGAGAAUUAAACUUUGUAUGUUACAGCUAAUCAGUUAAUAUUAUGAUGUUAUUAUAGGAAGCUCUGGCAGAGGAGGCAAGGCAGAGGGCCAAAUAUGAGAAUGAUACAGAGAUUGCUAAAGCUAAGAGGGAUUAUGAGUUGAAGAAGGCUGCAUAUGAUAUAGAAGUUCAAACCAAAGUAUGUAUAUUUAACCUUAUAUAUAAGUUGAUUAUUUUUUUAAUCAGAUAGACAGUGGAACUUCUGUAAUACUUACAGCAACUCUGUGUGUAAUGAAUACACAAGGAAAUAUUUGCACUGAUGAUUAACUCUUUCCUGUUGCUUGUCUUGAUUGUCUUGAUAAUUUUAUAUGCAGCUUUCGAUAUGAUCAACCAUCAGAUACUACUAGCAAGACUAGCACAUUUUUUUGGAAUUACUGGUAGAUGCCUUCACUGGAUCAAAUCCUAUCUAGAUGGAAGGAAGCUGAGGGUUGCCAUUGACAGAAUACUCUCUGAUUCUAAGGCCUUAAACUUUGGGGUGCCCCAAGGGUUAGUCUCUUAGGCCCAAAACUGUUCAUAAUGUAUUUGGUCCCACUUGGUGAUAUCGCUCGUAGUCAUGGUAUCAUGUUCCAUGCUUAUGCAGAUGACUGCCAACUUUAUAUCACGUUUUUGAGGGAAAAUGUUUCUAUGACAAAGUACAAGAUGGAAACUCUACUUGUUGAAGUUAAACGACAGUAAAACUGAAAUAAUGACAGUAGGUGGACCUUGAUGUAAUAUGAUGGAACUACAAUCACUCACUGUUGGUAACGAGGAAGUUGAUGUCACUAAGUGUGUUCGCCUUCCGGGUGUUGACUCUGACAGUGACUUAACCUCAAAACAACAUGUUUGAAAUGUCGCAAAGAAAUGCUUCUACAUGCUGAAAAAUAUGUUCAAGAUCAGAUGUUGUAUUAAUGAGACUGCAGCUAAGGCAGGGGUUCAUUCAAUGAUUACAUCUAAACUUGAUUAUUGCAAUGCAAUUCUCUAUGGUCUGCCAGAGUCAACACUAAAGCACUUCACCAGGGUUCAGAAUCUCUCUGCACAUUUCAUCUCUCAACAUGGUGAAUAUGAACACAUAACUCAAGUUCUUAAACAACUUCACUGGCUGCCUGUAUAUCAACGUAUUUGCUACAAAGUUCUAAUAUUGACUUUCAAGUCGUUAAAUGGUCAGGCACCAACUUACCUUGAGGGGCUUAUGAAGAGGAGACCUAUGAAAAGAACAAGGGUUGAUGGCAACAAUGACUUGGUGAUCCCCACCAUCAAGCAUAAGUCCUUUAGAGGAAGAUCAGUGGGCUAUGGGGGACCUAAACUAUGGAAUACCUUACCGAAAAAACUGAAGACAUGCACGAACAUCAAUGCUUUUAAGAAAUUCCUAGAGGCAUUUUUAUUUGAAGAGGCCUACUUGCAGUAGUUACAUACAUAAUGUGCAUUUUUGUUUUUUAUUCAUUUACUUGGUUAUUCUUCUUUUCUAUACAUUUUACAUUUUUAUCUUUGUAAAUACCUAUUUUUUUAUUUAUACUUUUCUUUGAUUUUCUUUUUUCAAGAUUGUGAAGUGCUGUAGAGUAAUAUAUAUGGUGCUAUAUAAAUGUAAUAAAUUAUUAUUAUUUUAAUUAUUAAUUACUAUUAUUAUUAUUAUUAUUAUAAUUAUUAUUAUUAACAAUCAAUUCAGUAUGGCACCAAGACUAAGAACUGAUUGAUAUUCAAUGUUCUACAGUUUUAAGCUACUGGAUAGUACCUAUUGCAGAUGCACCUUCAUGAUAAUGAAUGCUAAUCCAUGCAGUUGCUCAUUUUUCUCUUUGCCCUAUUUUAGAAAGCAGAGUCCGAAUUGGCAUAUGCCCUCCAGGCUUCUAUAACAAAACAGAAAAUCAAGGAAGAAGAAAUGCAGAUCAGAGUGGUGGAGAGAGCACAGCAGAUCAAUGUUCAAGAGCAGGUAACAUUAUUCAAAUUCCUUCAAGAAUAAUGUAGAAAUUCCAUGAAUGUUAAUUUUUGUUUCCUGUCAAGUAGUCAUGUUCAUGUUCCGUGCAAUGUUAUGUUGUGAUAACCAUCUUUUUUUAUGGAAUUUGUAAUUUGUUUCUUGCAUAAUAUGUGAUACAUUUUUGUUAGGAAAUUUCACGGAAGGACCGUGAGCUUGAAGCUACCAUCAAGAGGCCAGCUGAAGCAGACAAGUAUAAAAUGGAGAAGCUUGCUGAGGCAAACCGGUGAGUAGAUACCUUUUCAAAAUACUUUAAUAGUAUCAGCUGAAAGUCUGAUUAAUUUGUUCAGUGAAGUUAGUUAAACCAAAAAUAUUGGUUUUAAAGUUCAAUACAUUUUGUAUUCUGUAUCAAUAUUUUGCUUUCUUUUGGUUUAGAAAUCGUGUGAUACUGGAAGCUGAGGCCAGUGCAGAAGCUAUAAGGGUGAGAAUUAGUUAUAUCAGACCAGUGUAGUUAUGGAGACUAUUUCUUAUCCUGUUGAUAGGUCACAUUGGUCAAUUCAGAGAUCUUACUCCUUGGUCCUUGCCCAGAAUUGAUCUUAUAAAUAAGGAUUAUUUUUAAGAUUUUUAUUUAAUAAAAGACCUACCUUUGGAGCUGUUUUUCCAAGUUUUCUUUUUUGAAAGUUCUUGUAUGAAUGACCAUUUUUAUGUAUUGUAACAGGUGAAAGGAGAAGCUGAAGCUUUUGCCAUUGAAGCAAAAGCUAAAGCAGAAGCUGAACAGAUGGCCAAGAAAGCAGAUGCUUGGAAAGAGUAUAGAGAGGCUGCUGUUGUUGACAUGGUUCUGGCAACCAUGCCAAAGGUAUGUCACUUGUAACAUCAGCAUUCUUUGAUGCCAGAUAGUGGUUUGAACCAGGGAGAGACUGUUGAUUGUGCUGACUGAUCAUCCAGUUGAGAUUGACAUUAACAUGACAUUAAUUGACAUUUCAACAACCUGAGCAGAAGUCAUUCUCAGAGCCAAGGCACUUGGCAUCUUUGAUGGCCUCUACCCAAGUUCUCAAAAUGUGAGUUGGAACAUCAGACUUUACAAUCGAUUCUUACUGUCUUGUUUUAUCUCUUAAUUGCUGUAAAAGAGGCUGUCUUUCUGGAUGGGAUUCAUCUAAUGAUUGUGGUUUCUUAGAUUGCAGCUGAAGUGGCAGCACCUCUCUCACAGUGUAAGAAGAUUGUCAUGGUCUCCAACGGAAAGUGUGAACUUGGUGCCAGUAAAAUCACUGGUGAAAUCCUGGAAAUUGUUGCCAAUUUGCCAAAAUCUGUGGAGGCACUCACUGGUAUUGAUAUCAGCAAGGUAUGAAAUUACUUGUCAGUGGAAAAUAAGGUGAUCUUAAUUGGACACUGUAACUCUUUAGUAUCUAAAAGAUAUAACUCUUUUAGUAUCUAAACUUCCACUUUUGGUUGCCUACAACUGACAUAAACCUUGUGUACAAUCAGUUGAAAAAUAAAGGACAAGCAAUCAAAUUCUGAGGUCAUUACAACAACGUUUUUAUGGGCUUUGUCAAGCAAAACCCUUUUACUUGAAGAGUCUGAUAUUUUUGCAUACAGUUGACAUCUUUGGCUAUGAAACAAUUUUUCACACUGCUAUUUUUUUUGUUUUUCAGGCAAUGAAGCUGACUAAUAGGGUCUAAUCAUGAAAAUGGCUCACUAUAUUCCGUCUUCAAUAUGAUUUAUUGCAAAUAAUAUGUAAAGCUGUUGCUUGUAGUUUAUGGUAGAACCCUAGGUAUUUCUAUUGCUAACUAUAUACAGUAGUGUAUGACCAUAGUUUAACUGUGGUAAACGGCAUUGUUGCUAGAGAGUGUUAGACCAUGGUAAAUGAGAGUGUCAUACAGUUAGUGUUCAGUCCUUGUAAGGUAUAUCAGAUGCUGCUAAACUUUUUUUCACAUGAACACAAGAAAGUUUUGUGUUCUUCACCUCAUUAGAAAAAUUGAAUUUGUACUUGCAUUUGUAUACAUACACGUCAGGUCAUAUUAAUCAUAUUCAAAUUUGAAUUGUAGUUUUUGUCUUUUUUUUGAUAGUGAAGGUUGUAUAACCUGUCAAAGAGGGACACAGCUGCAAUCAUUUAUGUCUAGAGUCAAAAGCCUUGCUUUUGUUUACUAUUGUUAUUUUUUCUUUUGAGGAAUUAGCUUUCACUCAGAACCUACAUAUUAAUGAACUUUUUUUUUUUCUGAGAGGAAAGGAGGGUUUCCACUAAAUAACUAAAGCAAGAAAGUAAGUCCCUGAUCUCUUUCUGAUUUGGUCAUCUUCUGGAAGUGAUCAGGAUAAUUUUUGUUGCCAUAUAAAGGUUUUGUUAUUCUUUUGGUGUAAAGAAAUAUGGCAUUCAUGUCCAAAUGGUGACAUAGAGUCUGAAAUGUAACUUCUUUUACUAAGGCUGACAGUUGUGUUAGUGUAUGCUAACUGUAUGCCCUGUCUUGUUACUGAAUAAAACUUAAAGCUACCCAUGGA